UUUCCUCAGUCUCUCCUAACAAGCCUAGGAGGAAGUUCAGUCAGUGUGAAUUGUACUCUCUUCCACACGUGACUGUCGUGUUCCUCUUGCCGGCUUUUUUCUUUCGUUCACACGGGAGUGAUUCAAAAAUACUCAAUUAAACCUUAAAUUUUUUAAAUAUUUCUUGAAGAUUUCGAGCGCCUUCUGGAGGAUAUCUUAGUAUGUAUACUGUUGUUUACGACAUCAAACGCAGUCUUGCUGUAUUUUCAGCCCUCCUAUUAACUGUUAUCACCACCAAAGUUAGAGCAGAAAACACCCAUUGCACUGCUGAUAAAUUAAUGAUGUGCGCGAAACCUCUUUCAGUCCUGGACUCUGGACUCACGCUGGUAUCCACUAAAGCUGACUUGGAAAGGAUCUGCCCGGAUUUAAAGGAGGCAAUUAGCUGCAUCCAUCGCUACACUAGAUUCUGCAUGAAGUUCCAGGAYAGGAAGAACUUCAAGAAACUGUUUCAUGGCACCGGAGAGAUGGUGAGCAAUCUAUGCAGAAAUGGCACUUAUCAAGAAGAAUUUCUCAAAUACGCCCCAUGUAUGCAAACAAUUGAAAAGGAGAAUGAGGUCUGUUUCAAUCAGUACAACAGAAAAAUGAACGAGAUCCAGGCCAAAACACCUAUGGACGACAUCACACAAGAAGACAUUUUAAUUAGUCAGGAGGCUUUUUCAAAGACGAUGAAGCGAAAGCGAGAUGCAGCCGAUGAGGGCAUUAAAAACGUUUGCUGCUCCUUUCAAGAAUACGUAGAAUGCUCAACAUCAACAACACGAACAGCAUGUGGCUCAGAGGCAGCUGAUUUCAACAGAAAGUUCCUAGAUAAGAUGUCAUCGUCUAUGAUACAGUUGCAUUGUCAGAAUUAUGGACCACGAGAAUGCGGCUUCCUCUCAGCAUCGUCAAGCGCGCUUACGAAUUCUUUACUAUUUUCGCUAAUAUUAACUGUACUCUCUCUAAUCAUCCGAUAAGUCGAAACUCAGCUGUAAAACUAGGCUAAUAAGAAACAAAACAAUGGGAGAACAUUGAGAGCUAAAUAAUAAUUAGAUCGAAAAUAUUGAACUAAUCUGGGAUGAAAACCAAACUCCUACUACCUGCCUAUGUAAAUAGCCAAGUAUUUAUCAAAUACCGAACAUUCCUUAGUAAUUUAAGCGAAGUUGAAAUUAAAGCCAACAGUGUACAACCAAGUCAAAGGCAAAAUAAAAAAAUAUUUUUUCUCUGGUUUGAACUUUUUUUUCAUUUGUGUAAAUACAAUUUUUACUCAUGUCUGGCGUAACCAAACUAGCUAGGAACUGGCUGUUGUGUUCAUAAUUUGUUAAACUAUUGUGUUUGUGCAGCUUUUAUUUUUAAUUAAUAUGUCAUAUAACAGAAACAUACAGAUGAAGCAAAGCAUAUUUAAAUAGUUCUUAGUUUUAGCGCUUUCUUUACAAAAGACUGAUAAUAUUAUACACGUUUUUUUUGUUAUAUGACAUUGUUUUAUAUCGACCAUCGAAAUGUCGGCAACUAAAGCGCUUAGUCUUGUCCUGUAGCAAGUUAGGAAAUAUUGUCGUUUUCAUCACCAAAAAUUACAGUUACAUACAUAUAAGGGUAAAUGAAAGAGCGUAUUGGAAUCUCAAAAGUGUACGCUGAGAGAGUUGGAUGCAUAAAUGUGAAAAUCGUCCUAAAUAUAUUUAAAGAAGUCCUACUGCUAAUGUUCAUCAUAAAUAAUAGUAAACAUAAGUUUAUUUAAUUUGUGUGGAUAUCCAAAACUUGUUUUAGUGAGAGUUGUUAUAUGUAAUAAAUUAUAUUAUUUUCA